GUUCCCACUUCCCAGCUGAGGUAUCUCACUCAUAAAUAUAGAAAAAUCUUGGCAUAAUUGAUUGAAUCUUAUUCCGCAGUCGGAAAUCAAUCUCUCCUCCUUCCACCCUGUCCCAACGAGGCAGGGAAUUUUAAGGGACUAGGAUUGCUGGUUUUCUCUCGGAUCAAGAAACUGAACGAGGCUCGAGUCGUGCGUGGUUUAAGGCCAUGAUGGAGAAAUUUGUGGCGAAAAUAACUGUUGCAGCCAGUGAGGGGAAGAAACUUGGAGUUGAAGAUCCAAGAAGAAUUAUUCACUCAUUGAAAGUAGGAUUGGCCAUAACUUUGGUUUCACUGUUCUAUUACUUUGACACUUUGUACCAAGGUUUUGGCGUUUCUGCAAUGUGGGCAGUGAUCACUGUGGUCGUCGUCUUUGAAUUCUCUGUAGGGGCGACGCUUGGAAGAGGCGUAAAUAGAGCUAUUGCAACAUUGUUAGCGGGCUCACUAGGCGUUGGAGCACAUCGGUUAGCCAAUAUUCUUGGGGAGAAAUUAGAGCCUGUAUUUCUUGGAUUUUCUGUUUUCUUAGUAGUUUCUUCAGUAACUUUUAUCAGAUUUCAUCCUAAAUUGAAGGCAAGAUUUGACUAUGGACUUCUGAUAUUUAUCUUGACAUUCUGUUUAAUAUCCGUCUCUGGCUACCGGGACGACGAGGUUUUGAAAAUGGCACAUAAAAGGUUGUCCACAAUCCUCAUCGGUGGCUCGGCUGCUGUGGUGGUUUGCAGUUUCAUAUGCCCUAUAUGGGCUGGUGAAGAUCUUCAUAAUCUCAUUGCAGGCAACAUCGAAAAUCUGGGGAUCUUCCUCGAAGGUUUUGGACAUGAAUAUUUCCAAACAUCAGAUGGCAAACUCCUAGAUGACAAAGCAUCUGUUGAUGAAUACAAAAGUGUUCUUAAUUCAAAAGGCACCGAAGAAUAUUUGGCAAAUUUUGCAAAAUGGGAGCCCAGACAUGGUCGCUUCCGAUACCGGCACCCUUGGGAUCAAUACUUAAAAAUUGGGGUACUUGUGCGAGAAUGUGCUUAUCGCAUUGAUGCUUUGAACGGCUAUCUUAACUCGGAAAUGAAGACACCAGCAGAAGUCAGAGACAAAAUUCAAGAAUCAUGCACAAAGAUGAGUUCAGAAUCCAGUCUUGCUUUGAAAGAAUUAGCAUUAUCAAUUAAGACAAUGAGUUCUUCAUCCAUUGCUGAUCCUCAUAUUGUCAAUGCAAAAACUGCAGCCAAGAAACUGAAGUUACUGCUGAAAUCAGACAUGCGGGAGGGGACAGAUUUUCUUGAAAUAAUCCCUGCUGCCUCAGUUUCUUCUUUACUGAUAGAAAUUGUCUCCAGCACAGUGAAAAUUGCUGAUUCUGUUCAUGAACUAGCUUCCAUGGCAAAGUUCAAGAAUGAUGUUUUGAAGCAGAAGGAAACUGAAAAAGGGAAAGUAUUGAGAGUCCCAAGUAUUGAAAGAUCCCACAAUAUUUCCAUAAUUGCUGAGUGAUUAAUAAUUUCAAGGAUUUGGACGGGUGUUCAACUGAGUAAAAAUGAUCGAUGGAGUAGGAUUUGGAUGAAUGACACAUCUUAUUUAAGUAGAAAUCGAUAUCUCAAUGGAUCUCGUUGAACGCCUUCGUGAUUUAGGACAAAUUAUAUCGUUCAAGCGGUCAAACAGCCAUUAUAAUAUGAUGCUUCCAAAAUUUAAGAACUUGUUUAUGUUAAUUCUCGUAAUUUUAUUAUUUUGUUCCCAAGGCCUUAUUUACCAUGCUCAA